AUGGCAGACAAGCUGGACAUGGGAGAAAUCGCCAGCUUCAAUAAGACCAAGCUGAAGAAAACCGAGAAGCAGAAGAAUACCCUGCCGACCAAGGAGACCACUGGGCAGGAGAAGCGGAAUGAAAUUUCCUAA